AAAGUUAAAAAUGUUUUAUUUAUAUCUUCAGGUAUUAAAUGGGACAAAAUUUCAGACAUUGGGGACUAAACUGGACCUUCAAAAGCAUAUGAUUACUCAAAAUCCAAACAAGAAACCAAAGGCAACAAGAACAUACUCUCGGAAGUGAAAGUAUUAAAUCUCCGAAAAUGCUAAUCAAGGCAGCAGUUGGGUUCAAUCUUUCAAGAUUUCACAGCUCGUGGACAUGGAGAUUUGUGCUGUCAAGAUCAUGCUCUACAAACAAAGCAACGCCGUUUAACGGCAGUUUACCCGGUGGGGGUGAUUUGAAAAAACGAAUUUUGAAGGUCGUUUCAUCGGGUGUUAGGAGUGUGCUUGAGAAUUGGGUGGAUGAAGGCCGUAGAGUUUCUCUAAACGAGCUUAGGGUAAUUAUACGGCAGCUCAUAACACGACGUCGUUUUGGACCAGCUUUGGAGAUACUUAACUGGAUGGAAACUCAACAUAGUUCUCAGAUGUUACCUUAUGAUUAUGCCAGGAGACAGGAAUUAACUGUUAAAGAACACGGUAGAAUAGAAGCUGAAAGAUAUUUUGAGAGUUUAACCAGUACUGUUUCGCUGAAAGCUGCUUCCCUCCCUCUUCUUCGUUGUUAUGUUGAAGAAAGGUCCACUGAGAAGGCUGAAGCUUUCAUGCUAAAGAUAAACAAGUUGGGACUUACUCUGAGCCCUCAUCCAUUUAAUGAGAUGAUGAAGCUUUAUAAGGCCACAUCUCAGUACCAGAAAGUACCAUCAGUCAUUCUCCAAAUGAAACAAAACCGAAUAACCUUAAAUGUCCUCUCCUAUAAUCUCUGGAUGGACGCAUGUGGGGAGCUCUCUGGGGUUGAAUCAGCAGAGAUGGUAUACAAAGAGAUGCUGAGCGACCAAAAUGUAGAAGUGGGAUGGAGCUCUUUAUCUACAUUAGCAAAUAUUUAUAAGAAAGUGGGACUGACGGACAAGGCAAUUUUGGCCUUAAAAACUGCUGAAAAGAAAAUAUCUAACAGUAAUCACUAUCCUUACUUCUUUCUCAUUACGCAGUAUGCUUCUUUGAAUAACAAAGAUGGAGUACAUCGAGUCUGGGAAGCUUCUAAAGCAGUAAACUCCCCAAUAACUUGUGCCAAUUACAUGUGUAUGUUGUCGUCUUUGGUCAAGCUAGGUGACAUGAGAGAAGCCGAGAGAAUUUUUGUGGAAUGGGAGUCUCAAUGCAGGACAUAUGACAUUAGGGUCUCCAACAUACUUCUCGGUGGAUACAUGAGAAAUGGAUCAGUGGAAAAAGCUGAAUCGUUACAUUUUCACACGUUGGAGAAAGGUGGUUGUCCAAAUUCUAAAACCUGGGAGAUACUGGUGGAGGGAUGGAUAAGAAGUCAACAAAUGGAUAAAGCUAUUGAUGCCUUGAAAAGUGGUCUUGCUGCUCUAAAACAUUAUGAAUGGAGGCCAUCACCAAGUAUUGUUGUCGCAAUUUCAGAAUAUUUCGAAGAAACUAGAAAUUUUGAGAAGGCUAUGGAGUUUCUUACAACUCUUAGACAUGUUGGUCUCGCUAAUUUGCAAGUGUACAAGUCAUUGCUUAGAAUGCAAACCUCAAGAGAAGAAAGUCCAUUGUACAUCCUUGAAAUGAUGCAGAAUGAUGGAAUUGACGUGGAUGAUGAGACCUCUGCCAUCUAUUCAGGCGUUUUGCGUUGUAAGAACUGAAAACCCAUAGUGGUACUUUAAUUGUGCUUUAAAAGUUGACUUUUAGACCUGGGCAGAAGGUAGGUUAGUAUGUCAAGCAUGUUCCCUUGUGAGAAAACUUCUUUGUUUUGUCACUUGGUAUUAACUCUGAGUCAGCGGCUUAAAAUAUGAAGAGCACAGUGGAUGUGAUUUCUUGGGGCUGCAUCCUGCAGCGACUGUUUUUGACACCAAAAGGGCAAAUAAGGAGAGGCCUUUGGAUGGAGGAGCCACUGUUUUGCCAACAAAUUGGACCAUCUCGGGUAAAAAUAAGAAGUUGGGCCAAAAGGUGUAAUAAUUUUUCCCAUACAGUAAAAUUUUCUCUUUUUUCAUUUACAACAGGAUGAUGAAGCUUCAGUAAAAGCAUGUCUUUUUCCAUUUUCUGUUGCACUACUGGCUUCAUGCACAUCCUAGUCCUAUUAUAUUAUUCUUUCAAUUUGAGGUUUUUCUGGCUGACCAAAGAAACAGCUCCUAAUAUUAUUUUUUUAAAAACUGUAUGUUCUUAAUGCCUGCCAAACUAAUAUGGAAUUUUUUUCAUGAUAGAGAAUGUGGAUCAGUUACCUGGCUUAGACUGGAAUAAUUUUCUGGUUCUUUA